GUGUCCGCGUCUGUGUCCUUGGCCUACUCUUGUUCUGCAUCUCCCAGAGCCUAGAGCCAGUGCUAGCACGUCCUGGCAUAUGGAUCUUCUCAUCUGAACGAAGCAUCAAGAUUGGUCGCCAUGCUGAUGAUGCUAAGAAAUUUCACCUACAGCAAUCGCAUGGAGGCAUUCCAUGUGUUCCGUAUGCUUAUGGAGAAGAGGUCGGAACCCGUGAGGGAGUUUGCAUAGUGUGAAUCCGGAACAGCGUCUAAUGUCCAUAAUUUGCAGGACCCCAUGUAUUUUGAAGACAUGAACUGUGAGCCCACGAAUGAAUUCUCAGUUGCGGAAUCUGGAAUUGGUCACGAGACGUCCCCUGAUAAAGAUGACGACCUGCUGGAUUUUCAAGAACCGCCGACUUCUCCUGUUAACUUAUUGCCGAUGUGAAGCGUCAAGGGUCUGUCUGCGUGAUGACCACGAGGAUUUUGACAGAUGGACCAGAUGAUAUCAAGUUCAGACUGGCUGCACGGACAUUCGAAAUGAACCGCGACGAAAUGCACAUGGAUCUUACUGUGA